AUGUUUUCUACGGUGCAGCAAGUACCUGACCAGGCGGCCUGCGAGAGCGCGCCGGCCACGGGCGGCGUGAAGAAGCCGCACCGCUACCAGCCCGGCACGGUGGCCCUGCGCGAGAUCCGCCGCUACCAGAAGUCCACGGAGCUGCUGAUCCGCAAGCUGCCGUUCCAGCGCCUGGUGCGCAAGAUCGCGCAGGACUUCAAGACAGACCUGCGGUUCCAGAGCUCGGCCGUGAUGGCGCUGCAGGAGGCGUGCGAGGCCUACCUGGUGGGGCUCUUCGAGGACACCAACCUGUGUGCCAUCCACGCCAAGCGCGUCACCAUCAUGCCCAAGGACAUCCAGUUCCCCUACAGAUCAACGGAGAGCUUCGUGGCACGAUAG